AUGAAUUUAAAAUUAAUUCUGUUAACUUGCUAUAUUUCUACUACAAUAGUUCUAGCUGAAUCAAAGAAAUCUGACACAGCUUGUAGUUCUCAUACUGCUUUUAAUAAAGCAAGGAGUGUUCUUACAAAUGCUCUUAUUUCUGAUGCUAAAGGAAAGCAGAAAAAUGAGGCUCUUUAAAAGUAAUUUUAAAAUGCUAAACCCUCUAAGAGAUCAGCUAAUGAUCUAGGUGUUUGUUCUUAAUAUGCAGGAUAAAACUCAUGUUGCAAUAUCAAUAUGGCUAAGCUAAUUGACUAAGCUGCUUUACUAAAAGUCAAGCCUAUUUAAUAAGCUAAAAGUGUUUUCUAGAAAUUCAUACGUAUUUAUAUAACUCAAUUAUAUAAAAACUGCCCUGCAACUGCAGUUCCCUCUCCAGCUAUCACACAUGAAAAUAUAAUUAUCAAUAAAAAUUUAAAGAUUUUUUAGGUAAAUAGAGCAACUUAAGCUUCGUGUAAGAUAAAUUUUGGAAAAGCUAUUUCAUCUUUCACUAGAGGUGCUUUUUGCUCAAUUUGUGCUGGGGUUGAUAAAUUAAGUGAUUACUUCAAUGCUCAAGGACAACUAAAAAUAUCUCAAGACUCAGUAAAUGUAUUUUAAAAGGCAACAGAUGAAGCUAUUAAUUGUCAUGCAUAGCUUUUUAGUUAAACGAGUAUUGAAUAGAUGGUCAACGAACUAAAUAGUGCUUAUAUUAAAGAUGGCGAUAAAUGUGGAGAUUCUGUUGUUUCAAAAAUGAAAUCUAUCUUUGCUAACCAUAAAGUUACUAAUGAUGAUGGUAAAGGUGGUAAAAUAUGCAAAGGCGUUAUUGUUUUUGGCGAUAACUCUGCUUGCGAAAAUACUCUUUAGGGUGACCCAACUCUAGAAUAAAAAAGCGGUAGAUUCCUUAAUUUUGAUGACGAAAAUAUCAACAGAUUGCUUGAAGCAACACCUGAUGCUGUUAUUGAUCAAAGUGGAAUCAGUAUUUACACUACAAGCUCAACUGAUGAUCAAAUAGAUGAAUCAGGUAAUGCUAUUUCACCUAAUUUUGAAGGAAUAAAAACUAAUAGUAGCAUAAGUUUGAUUGCUGGCAUUUUAGUUUGGUUAUUGUUUUUAUUGAUAUGA